AUGUUGCGUGUUGUGGCUUACGUCUGCGCUCUCCUGGCACUGGCACACGGACAAACCACCAAUGUACAGUCGUGUACUUUCCACAAUGGACCUCUGCCGAUAAACACGUACAUAGAAGGGUGUGUUAAUCCACCAUGUGUCUUUCCACUAGGACAAGAUCCAGUCAUCAACAUCAAGUUCCGAGCACCUCACGCUGUGCAGAGAAUGACAAGUUUUGCGACAGCAUUUCUGUUCGUUGCAAUCCCUUACCCUCUCGGAGAGGCCGCACAAACAUGCAAUUACCUCGCUAACAGCAGCUGCCCUCUGGACGAAGGCGAGGUGGUGCAGUACUCCCUCAAUAUGUUCAUCGAGUCUACUAUCCCUGCGGGAGUAAGCCUGCCAAUCGAGUUUAGGAUCGUGGAUGAUAACAACAAUGCCCUGGUGUGCCUCCGUGUACCAAUCACAACCGCAGCUCCUUUGUCGUCCGACAUGCUUGCUGGGUCGGCUUCUGGAGUCUAG